AAAUCUCAAGUGUCAUAAUGCCUAUAUACCUACUAAUAUUCUGUUUUUAAAUACUUGCUGAACUUGAUAUCUCCAUUAUGGGUUUUGAUGUAACGAUCUAAAAUGUUCAUUUCUUAGUUCAAUGUGAGAAGUACUUAAUGUUCUAGCUGCUAAAAUCUACUAUGAUGGUCCUUGGAAAGAUUCUCUUCUCAAAAGAGGUUUUUGAGAAGCAGCUUGAAGUUUGGAUCUUUUUAUCUUGUCGUGAAAUCUUUUGCUUUUUGAUGGUUGAAAUGACCGGUAGCUUUGAAUAUGAUAAAGAUAAUAAAGCAACUGUUUUAAUAAUUAAUGUGGUAGGUAGAUUAUCAUGUAGAAUAUCACUUUCUCUUUAGUAAAGUGGAUUGUCACAUCAUAUGAACCAGUGUUGAAUGUGAGUUUCAAUUCUCGGGCAAGUUGCAUGGACUCAUAGCUUUAAGGUGCUAUGUUCCUUUGACUUUUUCAUUUUUCUUGAAAUAUCCGUUCCAAUACAUAUGUGGGCAUGGGCAUGGGCAUGGGCAUGGAGAGAGGAUCCUUUAUGGAGCCUCCAAAUAUAUGGAAAAACUUAAAAAUAUUGAACAUGCUCAUGUAGGAUACAUACUCAUAUUCGACACUCGCACUCGAGUCUGAUUAACAUAACUGGGGAGGGUUUUGUUUUUCUUUCAUCCUUUAUGGGUUAUUCCUUCGCAUCUUUCACUAGGGUAGUGGCUCGUCUUUGGUAGUACUGCGAAUUAAAUGCUUCAUUACACUGCUUAUAGCUUCCGUAGUGGCCAAGUCAUCACCUAGAAUUAAGAUGACACAAUAAACUGACUAUGCCACCACACCAACUGUAUUGGUGUGAGUUUGGGUUUUAUGUAAUCUUUGCGUUGAAGAUGCUUCAAUACUUAUAUUAAGUUCUGCAGUAAGCAAGUUGUAUUUCUGAAACACAGAGCCUAUGGAACCUAAUGGUCAUAGUAGAUUGAGGAGAAGGGAUCAUCUUGUUCAGGAAAAUGGAGAUCCUGAUCUAUCUUGUUCCAUUGAUGAGUUAGAUCCAUGGACUGCAUGGGCAUACAAGCCUCGUACUAUUUCAUUUUUAUUUGUUGGUGCAUGCUUUCUAAUCUGGGCAAGUGGAGCCCUUGAUCCUGAGAGCAACAAAUCUGGUGAUCUUGUCACAUCUGUAAAAAGGGGUGUAUGGGCAAUGAUUGCAGUUUUUCUUACUUAUUGCUUGCUGCAGGCUCCUUCUACGGUCCUUACUCGGCCACAUCCUGCAGUCUGGCGUUUAGUUCAUGGAAUGGCUGUUGUUUACCUUGUUGCACUCACUUUUUUGCUUUUUCAGACACGUGAUGAUGCUAGGCAAUUCAUGAAGUUUCUCCAUCCUGACCUUGGUGUUGAGCUUCCAGAACGAUCCUAUGGUGCUGAUUGUCGCAUUUAUAUUCCUGAAAAUCCCUCUAGCAGAUUUAAGAAUGUUUAUGUAUGGAUCUUCUUGCACAACCUGAAUGCUCUACUUUAUUCCCCUUCUUUUACCUCUUUUUCUUUAGCCCACAUCUUAGGUUGGUGGGGCAAGGCCAUUUUAAUCCGCAAUCAGCCACUUCUCUGGGUCCUCUCAACUGGAUUUGAGUUUAUGGAGCUUACCUUCCGACACAUGCUCCCCAACUUUAAUGAGUGCUGGUGGGACAGCAUUAUUCUUGAUAUUUUUACAUGUAAUUGGUUUGGCAUUUGGGCUGGAGUGCAUACUGUCAGGUACUUUGACGGCAGAACCUAUGAGUGGGUUGGAAUAAGUCGGCAGCCUAACAUUAUUGGCAAAGUGAAACGAACAUUGGGGCAAUUUACGCCAGCCCAGUGGGACAAAGAUGAAUGGCACCCCUUGCUUGGUCCAUGGCGUUUCAUUCAAGUUCUCAGCCUUUGUAUCGUCUUCUUGACAGUAGAACUUAAUACAUUCUUUCUAAAGUUUUGUCUCUGGAUUCCUCCUCGAAACCCUGUGAUUGUCUAUAGGUUGAUUUUGUGGUGGCUAAUAGCAAUACCAACAAUUCGUGAGUACAACUUAUACCUUCAAGACCGUAAACCAGUGAAAAAGGUAGGAGCAUUUUGUUGGCUUUCCCUCGCGAUUUGCAUCAUCGAGCUUCUCAUAUGUAUCAAGUUUGGACAUGGUUUAUACCCGAAGCCGAUGCCACAAUGGUUGGUAGUUUUCUGGUUGUCCAUGGGAUCCACUCUCGUAUUGUUCCUUAUGAUUUGGUCAUGGAAACUGCAGCGGAGUUACCACAAAAAGAGACGAUAAUUUCAAUAUACUAUUCUUUUGGUUACUUGCACCAUUGAUUGGCUGUAAUGUAAAUACUUGUAACUUUUCAUAAAUUGUAAUUCUAGGCUUAGAUAAUAACUAUAGGUACUUCUGUUAUUUUUUGACAAUUUUUGUUGAAAAAAGUUUCUGAACCAAAAUGACCUAUUUCUAAUUAAAUUAAAUAUUUUUUUCUAGAAAGAA